CGGCCCCGGGCGCACACACUGUUUACAGACGACGUACGCGCACGCCACACGGUCGAUCGGAGACGCAUCUCGUACGAAUCGGAUUACGAACUUUUUUUUUCUUCUUUAAAUAUAUUUAAGUAUCAUCGUCAAAUCUGAUUUUUUCCUCACUCUGCCUCUUCUCUACCACCGUCGCCAAUCGCGCCAAUCCGUUACCAAAUAAUUGCUGCAGUCCACGAGGAUUUCGGUCUAUGUUUGAGUUUUUUUUCUCAUCGUCUUUAUAAUUAUAAUUAAUAUUAAAUUUCGAGUUUCCCUCGAAAAAAAACGUACGAUAAGUUUUCAAACGGACGGAUAUUCGGACGAUUUCCUAGACGUCGACCGAGUGUGUUUUCCAAAUCUCAACUCUCAUAUAUUUUGCAUCAACGGACCAUGUGCCUGUUCAAAAUUGUCACAACGAUCGACGAUAAAGAUGACUGUCAAAUGGUGGUCCGUGAUGGUCGCGCUGGCGUGUUGCUCGAUCUGCCGCACCGUCAUGUGCACGGCCGUCCGGUUGGACCUGCGGCCAGUACCAUCCAACGACCCAGGUGUUGUUGAUCUCAUCGAGAUGCCUAACCCGGCGCUAGACCCCAGGCCCUCUGACUUAAACGUCACGGCACUGUUAGCCAAGCUGGCUGCCAAAUUCGACCCCAACUACAUGAGUGUGACUGCUCCCGAACACCUGAUACCCGUUGCUGACAUACCCUUCAGGAGAAAUCGACGAGGCCGAUUGGUUCCUACAGGCAAAAUGCCAAACGAGAUCCGAGAUCUGGACACCAAAUAUUUCUCGCUGCCAGACGGUCGGCGGCUCCGGACUCGGAUAUCCGGUCAGUUGCGCCGAAAGAUUCAGCAGUACCUCUGGGGCCGAACAGCAUGUCCGAUGCAUAGGCAGUGGAAGGACCUGGGCCAGCGGUUCUGGCCCCGAUGGCUGCUUGAAGGACAUUGUCCCAAGGGUGAGACGUCGUGCUCGGUACCCGCAGGCAUGUACUGCCGAGCCACCGGAAAUCAGUACAAGACGCUAUUGAGGUGGCAUUGUCGGGGCCCUAGUGGUCCUUCAGCUGUAUUGCAGCAGUACAACAGCUUGCCGGGUGGAAAGGCGACGGGGGCGAUGGUCAACCCGAUAAAGGUGUGUCAGUGGAUCAAGGUGGAGUACCCGGUGGUGACCGAGUGUGGUUGCGGUUGCGCGACCGACGUCUCCGAGUGAUGGAGCGGGGCGGCGUCCGCCUGCAAGAGCGGAACGAAACAAUAUAUCAUAUUAUUAUUAUUAUAUUAUUGUAUACGAGUGGUAUACCUUAUAUCAUUAUUAUUUUUCUCCAAGCCUUUAUUUUUAUUAUUAUUUUUUACGAGUCGGACGACUUGUCGCACACUACUAGUCUUAAUAUAAUAAAGUACGAAACACGGUUUUUUUUUAACGACCAACUAGUUGUUAAGAAUUACAUGUAUUUAAAAUAGUUUACUACAUAUUUAUGUACACCAUCGUCCAUAAUGUCAGUCCCGACGUAUCAUAUAAUAUAUUAUCGUUAUAUUUUAUUAUUCGAAAGAGGAGAUCCCAAAUAUAUUAUUAUUAUUAUGAUCGUGUUCUCGACACUCCGUGGCAUCGUGUAAAUAAUUUGGAUGGUAAUAAAAUACUAUUAUUACAACAAUUCAAACCAACAAUAUUGCACUAAACGAUCAAUUUAAUCAUAAUAUUCUAUAUCCGCAAAGCGUUAAUACGCAUAUCGAUCGAUCGGUUGGCGCUAGAUCGCCGAGUUUCAAUUACAAAUUCGUGAUAAUAAUAUCAUGUUGGUUAUUGGUAGGUGCACAUGCGUACUGUGCCGUAAGGAUGUGCGAUCGGAUAAGACUACCGUCGUUAAAGGCUUUUUACCGACACUCUCAUCCACCACCCCACAACGGUUCAAUGUCAUUAUAAGUUAUGAUGGUUUCUACUGUAUAUCAUAUAUACAAUCCUAUUCACGGAAACGUAUUAAACGUCAAUCUAGAAUUAAUUUAUAUUAUAUUGAUGCGUCUAUCGCGUCGUGACAGGUAUGAUUUUUCGACAAAUUUUUUUUAAUAAAAUAUCACUCUCGUCAGCUGUCCGUAUAUACUAUAUAUAUAUUAUAAUAUAUAUUGUACCUCCUUCACUCUCUCUCUCUCUCUCCCACGUAUUAUUAUUAUUAUCGACAUUCUUUGAGGUUUACAUAUCAUAUCAUUUUACUUAUUUAUACCAUCGCGCGUAGAUAUUGUCGGAAAAAUAAUACGAAAUCUGAGUAAGCUCGAAGAUUUUUUUUAAGUCCACCUACAAUAAACGUUAGCGCACAUUUGAUAAUUUUUUUACCAAAUCGAGUAUAACGCAUUAUAUUAUAUUUUUUCGUUUUGCUUUGAAUUAUUUUAGUUUUAUAUUUAUAUUUAUACGUGUAUUUUGUAAAAGCUUCUUGAUCCUUUUUUUUUUUUUGCACUCGUGUAAUUUCUUCUUUUUUUUUUGUUGUAUAUAAUUAUUUAAUAUUUAGUUAAAUUAUAAUUAAUUCAUUAUACAUAUUUUAUUUAUUUUAUACAGACCUUUUUACGCCAGAGUAAAAUUUAAAUUAUAUAUUAUCUAUAUUCUAUACAUUUAUAUAUAAUUUUAAUAUGAUUUUGUAAAUUAUUUUUCACGAUGUAAAUAACAAAGUUAUACAUAAAAUGACAAUACAAAAACAAAA